AUGAAAGACGCAUCGUGCGAUAACGGAUCACCAGCACCGUUGCUGACGGCGGUCUAUGCUGAAUCUCAGGUCCAUCUGAUUGUCGGUGGAAAUCCUCUUGCUGCAGCCCGUUGUGCGAAAUCCCUGGAAGCCGGCGCAAAGCCGGUCAUCAUUGCGCCAGACACUGGAGACUUGCAUUUCAGCUUGUCCGAGCACAUUGAGAAUGGUUCCGUACAAUGGGUACGCAGAGAAUUCCAAGAUGAUGAUCUGAAGACUCUGGGCAGAGAAGAGGUCGACCAUGUCGUUGACACGGUUUUUAUCACCCUUGGUGGAAAUCACCCGUUGAGUGCACAUAUCUCGAAGCUUUGUCGGCGGCUUAGAAUUCCUGUCAAUGUUUCUGAUGCCCCAGAACUAUGUACUUUUAGUUUACUUUCUACGUACUCAGAUGGCCCUCUUCAUAUUGGGAUUACGACCUCGGGGCGUGGUUGCAAGCUUGCAUCUCGUUUAAGAAGAGAAAUAUCUUCUUCCCUCCCCUCCAAUCUUGGAGCUGCAAUAGACAGAUUGGGGGCCGUAAGAAGGCGCCUCUGGGCGGAGGACCAUGCAGCAGGUCUGUGCACUGCAUCCCUCGAAGGAGACGAGGAUGAUUUCACCGGUCAAAGCCAUACGUUCAACAAGUUAGUGACAGAGGAUGACGUCUCUGCGGCAAAGACACGGCGGAUCCGCUGGCUCUCCCAGAUAUGCGAAUACUGGCCUCUUCAAAAGCUCGCUGCUAUCAGUGAUGCUGACAUCGAUGCCAUUCUUCAAGCAUACUCGUCUGGUAAAAAUAACCUGGAUAGCACCAAUGGGGUGGGCCACCUACAAAAGAAAGGGAAAAUUGUUUUGGCGGGUUCGGGCCCUGGACACCCAGACAUGCUCACGCGAGCAACCUACAAUGCGAUUCAGAAUGCAGACAUUAUCCUCGCAGAUAAACUGGUUCCAGAACCUGUCCUGAAAUUAAUUCCGCGGAGAACAGAAGUUCAUAUUGCGCGGAAGUUCCCUGGGAACGCGGAUCAGGCACAAGAGGAAUUCUUGCAAAUGGGGCUGGAUUCACUGCGUCGGGGACGGUAUGUCCUUCGGCUAAAGCAGGGAGACCCUUAUUUGUACGGAAGAGGAGGCGAGGAGUUUGAAUUCUUCCGAGGUGAAGGGUAUACUCCAAUUGUCUUGCCCGGAAUUACUAGCGCUCUGAGCGCUUCUUUGUUCGCAGAGAUACCUGCAACUCAUCGGGGCGUGUCCGACCAGGUCCUGAUUUGCACUGGUACGGGAAGAAAGGGUGCAGCUCCCGAGCCUCCUACCUACGUUCCCACUCAAACAGUCGUCUUUUUGAUGGCAUUACACCGACUAUCGGCGCUAGUGGAGUCGUUGACUACGCUACCCCAGGAAGAACCAACACCGUCUGGUCACUACUGUAUCAUGUCGUCGAAACCUCAAACCUAUCUGUCCAAUGGACAGGUUCUUGGAAGCCCGCCCCUCUGGGUUCGCAUCAACCGCUUUAUCGAAAACAUUUAUCUCUUCCUGGGCCUCUAUUUCGUGAGCCUUUUCUCGGUACGUCAUGGAUUAUAUUCUUCUGCCACCAAAAUAUCCCAUCAUUUCCCGCGCUGUCCAGCGGCCCUUUUGACCCGUACACGGCUGCGCAGAACUCGCGAUUCAAUAUCAACCGUUCCCAAAAUCACCCGAAUACUAGAGCUCGCUGGGGAGGCAGUGGUGGAUCCGGCUCCGGAGGCGGCGGCGGUGGCGGACCCGGUGGAUUUGGACCCAGGAAGAUCGGGCGUGUGGACGAUAUUCGGGGGCCAGAGUGCAAAAGUUGCCGCUGAGUUCAAUCAGUGGGAUUUUGGUGUUUUGAAGGUUAAUUAA